AUGCUGCCAACUGAGCUGCUACUGCCCCCCACAGGCCGAGGGCUGACACUGCGGCUCUCAGGACUGGUAGUGAGGCCUUUAAGUGCAGAGAACGAUGGCGUCGCUGCAGGCUCCAGUAUUUGCAGAAAAUCGUCGGACAUUUCAAACACACACGUUAUUGAAAAUAUGAUGACGGUUUUGUGUUCAAGUCUCAGUGGCAGUGCGUCUGAUGAAGUGAUGCAGCAAAGUGCUUGUGGUACAGGACAGACUCUGACGUCACAUCAAACCAGCGGCUCACAGCAAAUGUACAGCAGCUUCAACACAAAAGAAUACAACAGUCCUGGAUCCUCCUCCAGCGAGGCCGUUCCUUUGGCAUCGGACUUUCAAACGGAUAAACGACUUUUGUCUAAAAACAGACGGUGA